AUGGUUCGGUCAGAAACUCCAAGGAGUAAUGCAGCAAAAAAAGGGAUGUUAGCCCACUUUUUCGCGUCCUCUAAAACGCUCUCUUUAACCUCUUCAUUUUCAACCCCUUCCUCUCCUUCCACUCCUUCCUCCUCUACCCUCAAGUUCUCUGAAUCCAUGAUGGUGGAAACUAUCGAAAAUGCUGAAUCAAUCAUCAUAAAAUGGGAUCCAAACUCUUCUUCGAUCACCAGAGUCACCUCCCUCUUCCACGGUGACAGAAAAGAAGCCAAAGAUUUUCUAAAAUGUGUCAAAGACUUGCGUCGAGCAAUGCACGCAUUAGUCUCUGAACAUUCGACCUCUGAUAAGCUUGUGCUUGCUCAGAACCUCAUGCUAAUCGCCAUGGCUAGACUCGAAAUAGAAUUCUAUAAGAUAUUGUCUGGAACACGUGAUCAACUGGAGCCAGAGUCUAUUUCAGGUCUAUCUUCAGAUGGCUCGAGCAAUUUCGAAGAUGAGAAUGAGCUGGGGUCUGAAGAAGAGUUCAAAACAGCAGGUCAUGAGUCAAUCACUAAUGUGGAGAGAGUCACAGCACUUGCCAUGUUGGACCUCAAAUCUAUAGCUGAUUGUAUGAUAAGUUCCGGCUAUAGCAUUGAGUGUGUCAAAAUAUACAAACUCAUCAGAAAGUCAAUAGUAGAUGAAGGAUUGUAUCUACUCGGAAUCGAAGAGUUCAGGUCUUCUCAUAUUCACAAAAUGAAUUGGGAAGCUCUCGAGCUUAUGAUCAAGAACUGGCUGAAUGCAGUAAAGAUUGCUGCCAAAACACUCUUUAGUGGAGAAAAAGCUCUGUGUGAUUAUGUCUUUUCGGCAUCUCAGACGAUCAGGGAAUCAUGCUUCUCUGAGAUAACCAAAGGAGCAAUAAAUCUGUUAAGAUUUCCUGAGCUUGUAGCUAAGUGCAAGAAAUUGCCAGAAAGGAUUUUCCCACUGAUGGAGCUCUAUGAAGCACUCUCUGAUCUCCGGCCAGACAUAGAGUUGAUAUUCAAUUCUGAAUCAACCUCAGAUAUUAAAAUGCAAGCUGUUUCAUCACUACAAGGACUUGGCGAGUCAAUCCGUGCCAUUCUUUCUGACUUUGAAUUAACAAUUCAAAAAGACUCGUCAAAAACUUUAAUUGUUGGUGGUGGGAUUCACCCACUGACCCAAAAGGUUAUGAGUUACAUAUCUUCACUUGCAGAUUACAACAAGAUUCUCUCAGACAUCGUUGCUGAUUCUCCACCACCAAGGAAUACAGCUUUGCCUGAAGCUUACUUCGAAAGUCCAACCUCUGAUGCGAGCUCAACACCAGCAGUCUCAGUCCACCUAGCUUGGCUCAUUUUAGUUCUUUUAUGCAAGCUUGAUAGAAAAGCACAAGUGUACAAAGAUUUGUCUUUGUCGUACCUAUUCCUAGCAAACAAUCUUCAGUUUGUCCUUGAUAAGGUUUGUACAACUCGCCUUAACGUGCUUCUCGGCGAAGAUUGGGUGUUCAAGCAUGCCACGAAGGUUAUACAAUAUGCUUCCACCUAUGAAACAAUGGCAUGGGGUAAGGUCUUCUCAUCUUUACCAGAGAAAAAUUCUCCACUGUUAUCACCUGAAGCAGGAAAGGAGUGUUUUCAGAGGUUUAACGCAGCUUUUGAAGAAGCAUAUAAGAAGCAGGCAUCAUGGGUUGUGCCGGAUAGGAAGUUGAGGGAUGAAUUGAAGGUGGCAAUUGCAAAUGAACUUAUACCAGCAUACAGAGAAUUUUAUGACACGCAUAAGGUGAUGUUGAGGAGGGAGAAGGAUGUUGAGAUUUUUGUAAGGUUCGGCCCCGAUGAUCUUGGGAAUUACCUCUCAGAUUUGUUCCAUGGAACUGCUGUUUCAGGCAGUUUAUCUCCUCCAAUACCACGAUAA